AAGCAAGACUCAUUAGAGAGGACGGACCACUUUCUACACGAGACGAGCGUACACAACGCCAGCCUGAUGGAGUGUAGUCGAGGUAAACCAUUACAAAUGUUGAAAACAUGUCUGCAGGAUCGACUAAUGGAGGCAGCUGAUGAAAUAUUCGCGCUGUUUGAAAGAACAGUGGCGUCGUACGAGGAAGAACUCUCUCGGACAAAAGAGAAGGAGCGACAACUGCAAGCUGCUGGCGAGACUCAAACAGUGUUACACAUUAAAGACUUCCACCAGUUGACUAGUUGUCAAGAAGAACGUCCUUUGAAGCCACAGGGGGGGAGCCCCACUUUAAAACAGGGGGACCUAAAUCCCCCCCACAUUAAAGAGGAAGAGGAGGAACUCUCGACCACUCAAGGAGCAGAGUGUCUUCAAUGGCCAAAUGAGGCCAAUCUCACCAACUUGCCAUUGACUAUUGUCCCUGUGAAGAUCGAAGAUCAUGAAGACAAACCUCCUGAGCUCUCACAUUGUCAUCACAGUCUAAGUGAGGAGAACAAUGGGGAAGAGCCUCCCAGUAACAGCUUAACACAAUACAUGACAGGAGCUGAUGGAGACCAUCAUGAAGAGUCACAACCAGAUAAUCUCAUAGCUCCAGUAUCAGAUAAUGAUGACAGAACACCACUCUACUCUACCGUAUCUGACGAUGAAGGUGUCAACAACGCUCAAGAAGUAUUGGGCACCAAUAUAGACUGCGAAGACAUCAUUGAUGAAAAUCUUUCCCCUGAGAAGCAGCAGUGGAGAUCCAGGGUGACACAGGAGGAGCCACAUUCUCACCACAACAAAGAGGAAGAGAAGGAGCCACAGCAUUCCCAUAUUAAAGUAGAAGAGGGGGAGCCACAACCUCCGCAUAGCAAAAUGGAAAAGACAGAGCCACAACCCCUACAAAUCAAAAAGGAGGAGGAGCCACUAAUUAAAGAAGAAAAUGAAGAACACAGCAUCAGUCAGAAGGGAGAGUAUCUUGAAGGACCAGAGCAGUUUCCAGUGAUUAAUGUCAUUAUUAAGAGUGAAGAUGAAGACUACAAAAGUGAGGAGAAGAAAGAGGUAGAGCCUCCGAGGAACAACUCACCUCAACAGAUGACAACAAAUGCUGAUGUAGAUCAGUGUGGGGGAUCACAAGCAGACAACCUCUUCGCUCCACUAUCUGAUAGUGAUGUAACAUGUCACACUGACAUUGACAACACACGCUGGAAAUGCUCUCAAUGUGACAAAGCCUUCAGUGAGCGUCGUUACUUGAAUAGACACAUGAGAGUACACACAGGAGAAAAACCUUAUUGCUGUUCAGUUUGUGGUUUGUGUUUUGUACAAAAUCAAGAUUUGAAAAUGCACAUGAGAACACACACUGGAGAGAAACCAUUCACCUGCUCAGUAUGCAACAAAAGAUUCUCCCAAAAGAGUUGCAUGAAAAGACACACAAGAACGCAUACUGGAGAAAAACCGUACUCCUGCUCAGUCUGUAAGAAAGGUUUUAAUGAAAGUUCGGCAUUAGUUAAUCACACAAGAAUGCACACUGGCGAGAAACCUUUUUCUUGUUUAGUCUGUGGUAAAAAAUUCUCUCGAAAUGAACGUUUGACAAGACACACAAGAAUACACACUGGAGAGAAACCGUUUCCUUGCUCUGUGUGCGGUAAAAGAUUCUAUGAUAAAAAUGACUUGGACAGACACUGUAGAAUACAUACUGGAGAGAAACCCUUUCUUUGUUCGAUUUGCAAUAAGAGUCUCUCAACAACGGACAGUUUAAAAAUGCAUAUGAGAACACACACUGGCGAGAAACCUUUUUCCUGUACAGUGUGUGGUUUACAGUUUAGACUAAAUCAACAUUUGAAGUUGCACACUAGGCUGCACACCGGGGAACAACCAUACUCUUGUUCAAUCUGCAACAAAAGGUUUUGUGACCGAACACAACUUGUAAGACACACAAAAACACACUAGUGAAUAAGCGUUACAUUGCUGUGGGUGUGAUGAAAGUUUCUAUAAGUAACAAGUUGACUAUCACAAGUGUGCCUUAAGUGCAAAUAAUUUGACAAAAUGUUAAAACAAAUUUCAAUUUUAUUCUGUAGCCAGGGCGUUUAUUUUCAUAUUGGUCGAUAGAACCCAACUUUACGUGGGAUACCCAUUUUGUAACAUGAUGAUUUGAUAUGAUAUCGAAUAUUAUCCCAGUAAUGCAAUACGUUUUGUGCUCUUUCUACCUUGAUGAAACUGAUGACAACUACUGGCCCUCUACUACCUUUUUAAUGUGUGUUUUUUUUUUAUAUUUUCAAAUGAAUCAAUCAUUCAUUCAAUAACCAACAUCACUUCCUUGCCUUCUCUCCCCCUCCCAGGAUGGGACGUUUCACCCCAACCCCUUUCUCCUCUCUCAUUCCUGAAAAUUUGUGUACUCAAACAAAUAUUAAAAAUAUCUUAAAUUAUC